AUGCCUUUCGCCAAGCGGAUCGUGGAGCCGCAGUGGCUGUGCCGGCAGCGGCGCCGGGCGCCCGGCCCCGCGGAGGACACCAGCGCAGGCAGCGCGGAGCCGCCGCCGCCCCUGCCGCCGCCGGGCCGACGGGACGAGGCCGCGGCGCCGGGGCCGGAGGAGCCUCCCCGCUCGCCCCCAGCGCCGCCCGGGCCGCCGCCGCCCGCGCCGCUCGACCCGGAGCACGAAGAGGCGCCGCCCGCGGGCGAGGAGAGCGCGGCGGGGCCCCCGGAGGCGGCGUCCGAGGCCGGCGAGGCGUCCUCGGCGGCGGCCGCGGCCGUGCUGCUCAUGCUGGACCUGUGCGCCGUGAGCAACGCCGCGCUGGCCCGCGUCCUCCGGCAGCUCUCGGAUGUCGCCCGGCACGCGUGCAGCCUCUUCCAGGAGCUCGAGAGCGACCUCCAGCUCACCCACCGCCGCGUCUGGGCGCUGCAGGGCAAGCUGGGCGCCGUGCAGCGCGUCCUCGGCACGCUGGACCCCAAGCAGGAGGCAGUGCCCGUCUCCAACCUGGACGCCGAGAGCAAGCUGAGCGUGUACUACCGAGCGCCGUGGCACCAGCAGAGAAACAUCUUCCUCCCGGCCACGAGGCCGCCCUGCGUGGAGGAGCUGCACCGCCACGCCCGGCAGAGCCUGCAAGCCCUGCGCAGAGAGCACCGGAGCCGGAGCGACCGCCGGGAGCAGAGAGCUGCUGCUCCCCUCUCCGUAGCAGCCCCUCCGCUGCCAGCCUACGGCCCAGCUCACAGCCAGCGGAGGCGCGAAGUUAAGGACCGCCACUUCUUAACGUUUAACAGCACGCGUUCGCCCUCCCCCACUGAGUGUUGCCACAUGACCCCAUGGAGUAGAAAGUCCCAUCCCCCGGAGGACGAAGAUACGGAUGUCACAUUAGGGCAGAGGCCGAAAAACCCGGUACACAAUAUCCCCUCGACACUGGACAAGCAGACCAACUGGAACAAAGCGUUACCUCUGCCCACACCGGAGGAGAAGAUGAAGCAAGAUGCCCAAGUGAUUUCUUCUUGCAUUAUCCCCAUCAACGUGACUGGAGUUGGUUUUGACAGAGAGGCGAGUAUACGCUGCUCUCUCGUUCAUUCACAAUCUGUACUACAGCGGAGACGAAAACUGAGGAGGAGGAAGACCAUCUCGGGUAUCCCCAGAAGAGUCCAACAAGAAAUAGAUUCUGAUGAAUCGCCAGUGGCCAGGGAGAGGAACGUGAUCGUGCACACGAAUCCAGACCCUUCCAACACUGUCAAUAGGAGGUCUGGGACCAGGGACUCCGAGUGCCAAACGGAAGACAUUCUGAUUGCUGCCCCGUCCAGAAGGAGAAUCAGAGCUCAGCGGGGUCAAAGCAUCGCCGCUUCCCUUUCGCAUUCAGCUGGGAACAUUUCCGCGCUGGCAGACAAAGGCGACACCAUGUUUACUGCUGCCGUGAGCAGCCGCACGAGAUCUCGGAGCCUUCCUCGGGAGGGCAACAGAGGUGGGGACGCUGAACCCCAAGUCGGUGCUAAACCCUCAGCAUAUGAAGAGGGGGAGCCUUUCGGGGGUGACCGAGAAAGAACCUCUAAUGAGUGCAGUGAGGCCCCAAGCAGCCCGAGCGCGCAGGAGCAUCAGUCCGCCAUGGGCCUGGCCUGCUCCCAGCAUCUGCACAGCCCCCAGCACAAGCUGAGUGAGAGAGGGCGGUCCCGGCUGUCCCGGAUGACUGCUGACUCUGGCAGCUGCGACAUCUCCUCCAACUCCGACACCUUUGGGAGCCCCAUCCACUGCAUCUCCACGGCUGGCGUCCUCCUCAGCAGCCACAUGGACCAGAAGGACGACCACCAGUCAUCCAGCGGCAACUGGAGUGGCAGCAGCUCCACGUGCCCGUCGCAGACCUCAGAGACCAUUCCUCCCGCAGCUUCUCCUCCCCUCACGGGCUCUUCGCACUGUGACUCGGAGUUGUCCCUGAACACGGCCCCUCACGCAAACGAGGACGCCAGCGUCUUCGUGACAGAGCAGUACAGUGAGCACCUGGAUAAAGCGAGAGGCCACCGGGCCAACUCCUUCACCUCCACUGUGGCCGACCUGCUGGACGAUGCUAACAACAGCAACACCAGCGACAGCGAGUGGAAUUAUCUGCACCACCAUCACGAUGCCUCCUGCCGCCAGGAUUUCAGUCCUGAGCGCCCCAAGGCCGACAGCCUGGGCUGCCCCAGCUUCACGAGCAUGGCCACUUAUGACAGCUUUCUGGAGAAGUCUCCGUCAGACAAAGCGGACACUAGCUCUCACUUUUCGGUGGACACGGAAGGAUACUACACCUCCAUGCACUUUGACUGUGGUCUCAAGGGCAGCAAGAGUUAUGUCUGCCACUACGCAGCCCUGAGCCCAGAGAAUGGCCAGGGGGUAGGGGUUCCUCCUCCUCUUCCAGACUGUACCUGGCAGGACUACUUAGACCACCGGAGGCAGGGGAGACCAAGCAUUUCUUUCAGGAGACCAAAGGCAAAGCCAACCCCACCUAAGCGUAGCUCUUCGCUGAGGAAGUCCGAUGGAAGCGCAGACAUUUCUGAGAAGAAAGAACCAAAGAUAAUGAGCAGCCAGCUCCUGCCUCACACUUCCAGGGAAAUGAAGCUGCCUCUUGAUUUCUCCAACACGCCCUCUCGAAUGGAAAAUGCCAAUCUUCCCGCCAAGCAGGAACCUUCUUGGCUGAACCAGAACGAACACGGGAUGAAGGAACCUCAGCUGGACGCUUCAGAUAUUCCACCGUUUAAAGACGAAGGUGCUGAAUCCCCUCACUAUGCAGACCUCUGGCUUCUCAAUGACUUAAAAACAAAUGAUCCUUACAGGUCUUUGUCGAAUUCGAGCACGGCCACGGGUACCACAGUUAUCGAGUGCAUCAAGUCUCCGGAGAGCUCGGAGUCCCAAACAUCCCAGUCAGAAUCAAGAGCUACCACCCCCCUCCCUUCUGUGGACAAUGAGUUUAAACUUGCUUCGCCAGAAAAGCUGGCAGGCUUGGCGUCGCCGUCAAGCGGCUACUCCAGCCAGUCCGAAACGCCGACGUCCUCGUUCCCGACUGCCUUCUUCUCUGGGCCGUUGUCUCCUGGAGGCAGCAAAAGAAAACCAAAAGUCCCAGAAAGGAAGUCCUCCCUCCAGCAACCCUCUUUGAAAGAUGGGACCCUCUCCCUGAGCAAGGAUCUCGAGCUCCCAAUUAUACCUCCAACCCAUCUUGACCUAAGUGCUCUUCACAACGUCUUGAAUAAACCAUUCCACCACCGCCACCCCCUGCAUGUCUUCAGUCACAAUAAGCAGAACCCCGCGGGAGAAACGCUGAGGUCCCACCCCCCGCCGUCCCUCGCAAUUACCCCGACAGUCCUGAAAUCUGUGAACCUUAGGUCCAUCAGCAAGUCCGAAGAAGUAAAGCAAAAGGAAUGCAACAGUACGGAUCUCCCCUACUUAGAGGACCGAGCUCUCCCGAUGGCGGCCCUGUGUCCGGGUAAGAUCAGGCCGCACGCGGCCAAGAAAUCCCUGUCGCGUCAGUACUCCACUGAAGAAACCAUCCUGUCCUUUUUGGACUCCUCCGCCGUUGAGAUGGGCCCAGAGAAACUGCAGUUAGAAAAAACCCGUGCUUUUGAUGUGAGCAAUCACUGCGAGCCAGAAGCGGUGCCCCUGGCUGGUAGCAACCUUCCAGAUUCAAGUGUCACAAAAGACCAAAUGCACGCGGAGAGCGCACCUGGGCCAGACAGCACGCCGAGCGCAAACUGUGACCUCCCCGCAGAAGGGUUUCAGAGGGUUUCUGCUGCCCGCCCCGGUGAUCUGGAUGGCAAAUUGAUGCCAUGUGGAGCUGGUCUGGGUGGAGCCCGGGCGCAGGCCCAGCAGGCCCCCGGUGCAGGUCGGGAGGACGGUGCACACCCUGAGUCUGGGGAUGCGCUCACACCUCAGCCGCACUUGCCAGCUGGAGCUGUGGACAUAAGCGGUCAACUUAGGCAUCCCUUUGGCGUGAGCCGCUACCAUGACAAAGUGCCUGGGAACACCAGCCUUGAAGCAGAGCUGUCAGCUGCAAAUUCAGGCCCUGACCCACGUUCUGAACAGGAAAAUAUUGCUUCAGGUAUUUCAGCCAAAAGUGCCUCUGAGAACAGCGGAGCAGAGGACUCCCCUGGAAGCCUGGAUGAGGCGUCAUUGAAAGAAUCGUCACCAGAUGGCUCUCUGACCUCACCGCUGAGUGAAGACUCUCAGGCGGAAGCGGAAGGUGGGUUCCCAACGAACCUCGUGUCUCCAAACAAACCUCGAACAACAGAGGAUUUAUUUGCGGUCAUUCACAGGUCCAAGAGGAAAGUACUUGGAAGAAAAGAUUCUGGGGACAUGUCUGUCCGAAGCAAAUCCAGGGCUUCCCUGGGCAGUAGCAGUGGCGGCGCUGCUUCGGUCGCCUCAUCCGGGGCCAGCGCGACCACCCCCAACAGCCAGCGGUCACCAGGCCUCAUCUACCGAAAUGCCAAAAAGUCCAACACAUCCAACGAAGAGUUUAAGCUGUUACUCCUCAAGAAAGGCAGUCGCUCCGAUUCCAGCUACCGCAUGUCUGCCACAGAGAUCCUCAAGAGCCCCAUCCUGCCCAAGCCUCCCGGGGAGCUGAUGGCCGAGUCCCCCCAGAGCCCGCAGGAGGCCCAUCAGGGGGCCCCUGGGCCCGAGGCCCUGUCCCCACUCUCUCCCUGCCCCCCGAGAGUUAACGCAGAGGGCUUUUCCUCCAAGAACUUGGCCUCGGCCAGGGUGGGCCGAUCCCGGGCCCCGCCCGCGGCCAGCAGCAGCCGCUACAGCGUGCGCUGCCGCCUGUACAACGCGCCCAUGCAGGCCAUCUCCGAGGGCGAGACGGAGAACUCCGACGGCAGCCCGCACGACGACCGCUCCUCCCAGAGCUCCACCUAGGCCCUGCCGCCACUGGGGGCGCGCGGCAGGGCGGCAAGCAAGACGGGGCCAGGUGCCCACCGCGGGCAGCGCCGCCGACCAACUGCAAACCAUUGGACGGGCAAACAGGAGGUGGGCUGGGCGGGCCUGUUUAUCUCCCGUGUGUUUAAGUAGCUGCGCUGUCUGUCAUGGUUUUCUUUAGCUUAGUUUGGUUCACCCAAGCUCAUUCCUUUUGAUACUACAGAAUUCAAAAAAGUCUGCUUUUCGUGAAACCUAGAAAAAGUUUUUCCAGAGCUGCCUAUUCAGAAAACAAAGCCCUCACCGUCACGAUUCUUAAGAAGAUGAAAUUACUCCGGAGGUUUGGUAUUUUUUUACAUUAAAAUGAACUAAAGCAAAAUUUAGAAGAAAGAACUACACACAUGUAAAUACCAUAUUUUUGAUAAGAAUGUGUACUUAGAUUUAUCACUGACGCGUGGACAUGCGGCCAAUUAUCUCCCGCACACCAACUGUUUAUAGAACACAAACAAUAAAGUGUAAUGAUUGUAUUCUGUGAAUACCAUUUUCAUAUCAAAUACCAUAUUCAAAUGUCCACCAAUAUGAUUUCUGAGUGAUAAACCUCAAAUAUGAAUUUUAAACUGGUGAAAUAAAGGAAAUCUUGAGGUCCUAUACUGAAAUGCGAUUCGUUUAAAGUAAUGAAUUCAGACCUAAGCAUUUUUGUGACAAAUUGCAGCACCAAACAAGCAAACAGUAACACGUGGCAGUGAUUUGCCAUGUGGUGAUUUGGACAGAAUGAAAGCAUGCUUCUGAUUUUUUUAAAUCGAGGAGAGAAAUCAUCAUUCUCAACACAAAGCCCUGAACAACAGCAUUUGACAGUGUCCUUCAGACUCUCAUUUUUCAAUGGAUUGCUUUAAAGAGAAUGAGUAGGGCAAACAGUAGUUAAUUUUAGGUUAUGUUUUAUAUUAGGCUACUGGGGACAUGAACAGUCAUAAUCUAAUGACUAUAAUCUUUAAACUCCUUAAACAGUUAAGCAAGUAGCUCCAGGUUCUUUAACAAAAAUAAAACAUAAGCAUGCCACAGAGCUGGUGAUUUAUCAGUAAGUACCUGCAGUGAGUUUUCAGUGAAGCUUUCUCUCUGUGCUGAUGAGAUUCAUGCUACCUAAAAAUGAACAGAAAUGACACUGUGAACAAUGUAGUUGGAAAAUAGGUAUGUGUAUAUGCAUUAUUUAUAUUCACUGUUCAACUGGGAAUGGGAAGCGGCUCUGGUUCACAAUGCUACAUAUAACUGAUGUCUGAUUUGACCAUAUCUGCUUGAUGGCAAAAGGGGAGGGGUGGUGGGUGGGAAAGGAAAUGUCAGGGCAAGUGCUCUGAUCAAAUGAAGGCAGGGAAACAAGCUGAAUUACUUGAAAUUACUUGAAUUUUCUUGUCUUAAAACUGAAAAAAAAAAAAACACGUAGUUACAAGUUGAGAUCUGCAAAUGGUUUUUACACUUCUGAUUUGAACAUGAACUGAUACUAGUGUUUGAAAUGAUGUGUCAGAAAUGUAAGCAGCUAUGUACUUAGAAUAUGUUUUGAAUGGGGAAAGGGAGAGAGAACUAAGAAGGGUUGUGGCCUUUAAAGAAUAGAAUGUGAUUAGAAUGGUAGAACACACCAGAGUUACCAAGAAAUUGACAAGCGGCGUCUUUAAGCUUAUGCAAGUGGGAUUUGGGAAUGUAGGAUGUGUGGAGGGGGCUUGUGGUUUGGGUUUAACUCAUGCAACAUGGAGAAGGCCUGAUCUAAGAAGAUGCUGUCUUUCCAUAGAAACACUUUCUAAGAUGUUACAGAUUAAGAAUUACAGAAUCUGAUUGCUGUUGGUUUCUUGUUCGUUUGGAAAGAAAAAAAAAUGUCUGGCUUCUAUUUGUUUUCAUUAUCAAAUUAUGUUUUCUAAUUUUUUGUCAUUCUGUAUGUAAAAUGGGUGCUGGGGGUGGUUGGGUAGAGGAGGGAGUGUGUGUGUGUGUAUGUGUGUGUGUAUGUGUGUGUGUUUGUGCUGGGAUAGAUAAGCUACCUGGUAAAGGGUACAUUUGAACAUUUACAAAGUGUUACACUUUUUAUUAAAAGAAAAAUGUUUGGGGGUUUGAAAAACUGUACCAUCAUUUCUCAUUGGAACCCACUCAUUAAGAAAACCAGCGUGGUUUGACACUACAUGGGAACAUGAGUAACUUUUUCUCCUGCUUUGAAAAGUACACUUGGCAAAAUUUUAAAGAUAAAGUUUUUAGAGAAAUGAGAUAAGAAACAGUCAUUUCCAGUCACAAUAGGUGAUCUUUUGUAAUUUUCAUAAAAGCAGUUCAUUUGCAGUAUGGCUUUUGUGUAGUUAGAGAUUUUUUAAGCGUAAAGAAAGGUAUGUGGGCUUUAAAAGUGAUUCUAAAUCUUGAAUAGAAAACACAUUGAAUUGGCUUUAAUAAAAAUGUCACCUUUUUAUUAUUGACAUCAAUUUAAGUAAUGGUACCAUAUAUUUUAAAACACAUAUUGACUUGAACUGUGAGGCAAUAAAAUACCUUCUGUAUGUAAUGAUCACAGAACUAACCCUUAUAAUAUAGUUUCACUUAUUUUAUUUACUCUAAAAAAAUCUAUAGCAGAGUUUCUCUAUUUUAUAUUUCAUAGAUUUAAAUAAUACCCAAAUAAAGAUAGUUUUUAAAUUCACUACGGAAAAGAGCAUUGAGUAACAAACUGAGUGAAAAAAAAUAAAAAGCAAGAAAUUCCUUAGUAAUCUGGAAUAUUCUACAUGACUUUAUUACAUUGCACGUAACACCAAGAUUUAGAGGGCUGUCUUUCAACAUCACUGCCAUCUUGACGCAAGGUACACACAUAUUAGGUAUUGUGAAGAGCAUCAAUUCAAACUUUUCUUCUGUUGUUUGCACUGAUGCUAAUUUUAAGUUCUUUUAUGUUUAUACAACAUGUCUAUGUUGUGGGGGGGGGAAUUUUUUUUCCUUAUUUUGUGUUUAGUUUUUGUUUUUGGCUAAGUAGAGGACAUGGACUAGUCGAAGCAAACAAAACACACUGUUUGCUCUUGCCAAAGGUCAAUGAGUGAGUAUAUUUGCUGCAGUGGCAGCAGAUUUAGAGAACUAGAUCAUCACAAAGAUUUCAAACUAUGAAGAAGUGUAACUAUUUUGGUACUAGAACCAGUUCAUGCUGGCCGAAAAGACAAUGGUUUAUGGACUUGCAUCCAUUUUGUAUUUUUGUAAUAUUUGUAAAUACGAACUUUUUAAAUUGUUGCAAAAUGGUUUCUUUUGUAAGAUGUUUUCAACGUUUACAUUCAAUCCAAGCCUUUGUAUAUUUUAGAGCUGUGCAACACUUUAAGUCUUGUAUUUAUUUUUAGUAAAAAUGGUGACAGUUUUAUCGUGAACCCCUCAAAAAAAAAGUGUACCAGAAAAGUUUGAUUACCUAGAAAGUGUGUAUAGAAACUGCAAAUAAACGUGACUGCAAAUAAACA